UAUUUGUCAUUUUUAUUCCUCAUCAGUGCUGCUCAGAGUCAAACAACACUGCUCUCAAAACUGGAGGCCCUGCAGUGCCACUUUACCUGGGAUCUGGACCCCAGCAAGACCUAUUUUCUACGUCUCAGCGAGAAGCUGGUGGACAUGGGCACGGAGGAGGGAAACAGCUGGCUGGGUCACAUUUACAACCUGAGGGGGUUCAUUCAGUACAAGCUGGGCUUCACCGAAGACGCCCAGAGUUUCUUCAACAAGGCUGCAGAGGCCUUCCACCAGAUGAGAAAAGCAGAUGACGGUCCCUGGUUAGUGGUGAACUACGGGAACCUGGCUUGGCUGCACCACCACCUGGGAGACCAAGCAGAGAGCGAGGCUUACCUUUCCAAGGUUGAAGCCCUGAUGAAGAAAUGCCCAUCUCCAUCGCAGGACAAGCUCCAUGCAGAGAUCUACGCUGAAAAAGCCUGGACCCUGAUGAACUUCAGCGCACACAGAGAGCUGGUUGCAGAUUACUUCCAGAAAGCCAUCAGGAUGCAGCCGGACAUGGUGGAGUGGAACACCAGUCACCCCAUGAGGUUAACAAGUGUUUUUAAGCACAGCGACACAGGGCUGGAGGCUGACAUCUUGGAGAAAAUGAGAGUCGCCAAGGAACAGGAUCCAGAGAACUUGUGCCUCGCAGUUUACUACCUUGAGCAACGUGCAACGAAUGGAGAAAGAGUUGAGGAUGAAGCACGUGAGUUAGCCGGAAAGAUUUUGGGAAAUCCUGUCAGCAGCUACAGUGGUUGGAAAGCAAUACUAUGGGUUUACAGACACUAUGUAUCUAUUGAUGAGGCCAUUGAUUUGGCAGAGAAGGCUCUGGAACAACAUCCAGAUGAGCGUUAUCUGAAGAAAUGUGCCGCACUCUACUACAAAUGGAAGAUCAUUCUUUCCAGCGACAAUCUCCCAAAGCAAAGCACAAUAGACAGAACAAUCAUUCUCCAUGAGGAGGUGAUUUCUCUUUACCCUGAUUCUUCAUUUCUGACGAAAGUAGACCUUGCAACUAUAUACGCAAAGUCCAACCAGGCUAAAGCUGAGCAGAUGUACCAGGAACUGCUAGAAAUUGAUCUGAAACCUGCAGACAAACAGCUGGUUUACAACAACUACGCAAAGUAUUUAAACUACGAUCGACAGGAUCACAACAAGUCAAUAAAAUAUCACAUGAAGGCGGCAGAGAUACCGCAUCAAUCCUACUAUCGUAGGAACAGCAUAAAAAUUCUGGAGAAGAUAAAAAGUACACGCAGGAACCCAAUGUGGAGAGAAAUAGAGGAGUUUCUGGAAAACCUGCAAAAGCCAUAG